GUUAGAAAUCAUGCCGGCUGCUUUUUUAAGCAGGGGCUAACUUCCCUAACCCAAUGCACUAAUUCGGAACUCAUCAAAGAUUUAUACAGAACAUUAAGCGUGUCACUGAUAACCCUGGCAAAGCUUAUGUGUACUAAUCAGACGGUUCUGAAUUAUCAUAGGUGCCACUGAUCAAAAUUGUAUCAGUUUCUAAGUCAUGACUCAUUAUGACAUCUAGGCCAAAGUGCGUCGACUGAUUAAACGUGGUCCUCUUACAUAUUAUGUACUGGUACUUGUAUAUCUAAUGCUCAUCAAUACUCAGUCAUGACGUUAACGAGCAACAAACACUGGCUGGUCAUAAGGUUUCUUCAUCAUGGCAUGAAUGUUUCAAGAUCAAAUAAUCCUUGUGUAGUGAUUCUUCUGUAACUGCUUAAAUAGCUGCAUUGACUAAAACAAUAGGUCACUUCAUUUUACACAAGUGUACUUGGACUCAAAACACGCCAGUUUCAUAUCACUCAUGCUGACAGAAUCAAAUAUGAUCUUCAUCUCAAGAAGGAUGACGAAUAGUAUGUCUACGCUCUUCGAACUGAUCAGAUUGUCAUUCUCUAGUCAUUCAACUCACUUAAUUCCGACUGUUAGCAUUCCUUUUCAGUUAUCACUGAAAAAUCUAAAAUAAUAGAUUAGUCAAUAGUUGACAAAAGUUUAGCUAAGUUAUCACAUAAAUCAUUAAAUUAAGCUUCUUGAGGAACAUGCCGAAGACUCCGGAGCUAUUUAAAAGUUGCGGCGUGGGAUUAUUGACUAGAUUAACUGUUGCACUAGUUGGUGUGUGUGAUUACAAGAUAGUUCCACUGGACAGUGUUGGUAGUUGACCAUUUUAGUUUUUGAUAAACGAAACAACUCUUCCCGUGAUAAUGUCAAGGGUAUCAGCUUGACUCAUAGUAUCUAAGAUGAUUAUAUAACCCUGUUAUACAUUUGUUUCCCGUAAAGUUCUUUUAUUAAGUUGAACGUUUGGUUUCUUUGAAGUUUAACGAUUGAUUGCAUCAUCCCUAAUGGACUGAUUACUGAGAAAAUCUCAUCAUGAAUACAAAGGCUUAUUCGACAUUUGCCAAUUUACAUCUUGCUAUCCAUCAGAGGAUGUGUAUACUGCGCAACAAUUUGCUUCAUCUCGCUUUGCGACUGGGACAUGGUGGUUGAAGAUAGAAGAUACAAAAAGAGAGGCACUCAUUCUUUAUCAUAGAUGCCCUCAUGUUAGAUGCGGCAAUAGGGUCAGUAAUAAUAGUGUUAGGUCUGUUGUUAGAUAAGAAGGGAACGACAAUCAUUGAGACUUUGAAGCUGAGUUGAUUGAGGUUAAAAGUUAAGAUGGCUGACAUAGAUAUAAGUAAACUUGGGAUAUCCAAGAAUUUACUCCAGAUGAAUUUCAUGCGACGAACUGUCAUCUCCAAGGAAAAGGCAGUCAACAAGCCCUCUCCAGAUACCCCUUCAAAUUCACAAGAGCCAGAAUUUAAGCUCCCUUCUUCUGUAGAGGAACAUAUUCGUAAAAAAGCUCUUGCUCUUGAGUCAAAAAAUCGCUAUCGAUUUUCCGAGAGUAUUUUCAAAAUGCAUAACCUACCACCUGGGUUUCGACAAAGCUUUGGUAGCUUCAAUCCUCCUAAUACCUCUCACUCUCAAACCAGCAACCCAACUCAUUCAUCCAACUCUAUCUGUGCAAGUCUUACUGGCAAAAAUGAAGCUUUGAAAUCACUUGAAAGGGGGUCUGAAACAAGUAUGCGCUUCAGAAGACUAUUAAAUCCUAAACCGAAUACAUCGUCCAAAUCCAGAAGUACAAAACGCCGGGAAAAAAGAAGAAGACAGCAGUGGAGAAAAAUAAUGAGUUCUUUACAGAAAGAUGAAUGAUAAAAAAAUUCAAGUAUAUUUUCUCUGAUACAUUAUUGUUUUAUUUUUAUAAACUCAUCCUGCAUUAGGUGUAAUGUUGCAAAGUCAA